UUUGUCUCCCUCCCCGCACCGCAGAGAUCGACGGACGAAUCCCCUCUGCUCUGCUCGCCGCCGGCCGACGGGGACCGAUACGACGAGCUGCUGUUGGUCAUCUCCACUUCAGCCAAGGGCAUGGCUCUACGAGCGGCCGCCGCGAAGCUAGCCUCGUCCAGCCUCCGCGGCCGCCACCUCCUCCCGGCGGCGCUUCUCUCGCCCGCCGCCGCCAGCCCCGCGGCGUUCCUCCACUCCCACGCCACCAGCUUCGGGUUCAAGCAAGUGCGCGAAGACGAGAAGAGCAAGCUGGUCGGCAAUGUCUUCAGCAGCGUCGCCUCCAGCUACGACGUCAUGAACGACCUCAUGAGCGUUGGGCUGCAUAGAUUGUGGAAGGACAGGCUGAUUUCGAAGCUGAAUCCUUUUCCUGGGAUGAAGCAUCUCGAUGUGGCUGGUGGGACAGGGGAUGUCGCAUUUCGUGUAGUGGAAAGAAUUAAGAGCGUGAGCCACAGAGCUAUGCAGGGUACUCUUACUGAUAUUGAAGAGGACACUCACAUUUAUGUUUGUGACAUUAAUCCAAAUAUGCUAGACGUUGGAAAGAAGCGUGCUGCCGAAAGAGGAUACAGUGAAGAGCAUUGUCUUAGUUGGGUAGAGGGAGAUGCGGAAGCUCUGAGUUUUGAAGAUGGGUCCAUGGAUGGCUAUACUAUUGCCUUCGGGAUCAGAAAUGUGACACACAUUGAGAAAGCUCUAUCAGAAGCUUACAGAGUUCUAAAGAAAGGAGGAAGGUUCCUAUGCUUGGAGUUGAGUCAUGUGGAUGUUCCAAUUUUUAAAGACAUUUACGACAUCUAUUCAUUUUCUGUGAUUCCGGCUGUGGGUGAGCUAGUUGCCGGUGAUAGAAAAUCGUACCAAUACUUGGUUGAGAGUAUCCGUCGAUUUCCAAAUCAGGAAAAGUUUGCUCAGAUGAUCCAGGAAGCUGGAUUUGAGAGGGUCGAAUACGAAAAUCUGGUCGGCGGUGUAGUUGCCAUCCACUCUGGAGUGAAGCUGUAGCAUAGCGAGCUGAAAAACAGUGUGGCAGAGACGCUCGAAUCAAGCAUUUGGUGCCUAACAAAUUGACCAUUUUAGUUGUUACAAAAAUCGUGUUUCUUGUUUUUGUUUUUGUCGGCUUGAAAUAAGGACAGAUGUUCUGCACAAUUGGUCUAUAUAUUUAUAUAUAAAUUUGUUCACGCAA